AUGGGUAAGGGACCUCUCAAGUAUGGAGGAAAGUCGGGUAUUUUGCCAAAGUUGAGGCCGAUCUUCGAAAGACCCAUUCGUCCCAUGAAUGAGAUUGAGUUGCAGAAGGAAAACUCGUCAGAGAGUGGAUACGCCGAAGGGGUUCCCACGCCCUUUAUCGAGAAAUGGCCCGUUCCAAGAGAUCAAAGAGCACAAGUUCCUCGUCAGCAGCCUCCGAGAAAGUACAUAACGUUGGAAGAGCGCAUCAAGUCGAUUAAUUACCCGCCAAUGUCCUUAAAGGAAAUGAACGAGUUGCCGGAACUUGAAAGGGACGCACAGAGGAGGGCAUACUACAGAGCCGAGUUUUUAAAAGAGGCGUACCUCGAAGAAGGGAAGCGGUUGGAGGCCAUUGACAAGAUGAAGGAAAAGAUCCACGAGCGAGAAGUGGAGAAACAGCGGAAACUUGCCGAGGAGAACAAGGACGAUGCCGCAGUCAUUUCGACUUUGCCAACAAUCCAGCAAUUGCUCGAGUUUAGAAUGAUCAAACAGAGAACACCAGAAGAAAAGCGAUUGCUCAAGGAGGAGCGGAAGUUAAACAGGCACUCUCGGGAGUUGCAUGCAAAGGAAGACAAGGCGCAGAAAUUGUUGGAACUAUAUCAUGCAGCUGCAAAAUUCAUCACCACCGAAGAGCAACUAGAAGAAGCCAUCUACCGUGCAUUUGAAGUUGAUGUAGCCAAAUUCGAUACUCAGCAAAGCGUUGUGGAUAGCAAGCUUUUCUCCAAGAAUACCAGCUACUUGGUAGGCGAAGCCAACGAACAGAAAAUAAGCGAUGCAAUAAUGGGAGAAAUCAAUGGAAAACCCGGUUUGAAUCAAGUUAAAGACGUUCUUAGUGGAACCAGAGAACAAGUCAGAAGAGAGGCCCGGCUGAACUAUAGAAAUGAUCUACAGUAG